AUGAACUCACCCACAUCUUCCAAUUCCUACAAGCCACAGAAAAAACCCACCCUCCUCAUACCCAUCAAGAGACCGUUACUCCCGCCGCACAACGUCAUCACCACGACGGUCUUCCCCACGUCAACAUCAGUAUCAACAUCCACAGCUUCAGCAUCAUCUGAAGAAACCAAACGAAUCAAAGUACACAAAUCUUUAAACCCCAGUUCUGUCUCCGCAGACAUCCAGGUCCGAAGACCUGCGUUUUCGGGUCAGGGUCAGGGUCAGAGGGAGAUCGACCAGGACGAUGAAGUGGUAGUGGAGGUGGACUUUUCUAGUGCCCCGCAGCCGUUUUUGGAUGUCGAGGUUCGCGAACGAUGGAAGAAUAGGGCGAAGGAGAGGGGGGAGAGGGAAUUUAGAUCGGUCGAACAGAGUAGUCACAGUGCCGCUACUUCUCGAGGCCAGUCGGAUGGUGACUUGGACUCGGAUGAAAGAAGUGGUCGUGGAUGGGCAGAGUCUGAGUAUGGCAGCAUGGUUGUUCAGAGGAGGAAGACUGUUCGCUCACAUCGGGGGACGAUGAGAUGA